ACUGCCCUUUUCUGGCUCUCACUCCUGUAUCACUCCUCUUGGGUCCCAGUUUGCUUCCUGACCUCCCUGUUCGUGCCCCAAGGGCCUGGUUGCUGGGAGAUUUCUGCCCAGCCACCGCCACCCUCAUGUCUGUGCCUGGCUCAUGGGCUCAGGUCACCCCACUGUCCCUCUCCAGGAUGUGAACCUGAAGAUGCCCAGGAACAACCAGCUGCUGCACUUCGCCUUCCGUGAGGACAAGCAGUGGAAGCUGCAGCAGGUAAUCCAGGACGCCAGGAACCACGUGAGCCAGGCCAUUUACCUCCUCACUAGCCGGGGCGAGGGCUACCAGUUCCGGACUGGCGCGGAGGUCCUCAAGCUGAUGGACGCCGUGAUGCUGCAGCUGAGCAGGGCCCGCAACCGGCUCACCACCCCGGCCACCCUCACCCUGCCCGAGAUCGCUGCCAGCGGCCUCACGCGGAUGUUCGCCCCCGCCCUGCCCUCUGACCUGCUGGUCAACGUCUACAUCAACCUCAACAAGCUGUGCCUCACGGUGUACCAGCUGCAGCCCAACUCCACCAAGAACUUCCGCCCGGCUGGAGGGGCCGUGCUGCACAGCCCCGGGGCCAUGUUUGAGUGGGGCUCCCAGCGCCUGGAGGUGAGCCACGUGCACAAGGUGGAGUGCGUGGUGCCCUGGCUCAACGACGCCCUGGUCUUCUUCACCGUCUCCCUGCAGCUCUGCCAGCAGCUGAAGGAUAAGAUCGCCGUGUUCUCCAGCUACUGGAGCUACAGGCCUUUCUGAGCGGCGCGCCCGGAGCCGGCCCUGCCCCUGCCCCUGCCCCUGCCCCUGCCCCUGCCCCUCGGAGUGCUGGCAGACAGCCGGGUGGGCACUACCAGCUAUUUAUUUCCCCCUUUGCCCCGCCCUGCCCGCGCUGGCACAGCUGGCAGUGAGCCUGGACCGCCGCCGGGGGAUGGGCUGCGGCAGGCUGGUCUCUGGGCGGAGAAGCGCCCCAGGGCCCACACUCCCGCUCUGCUGGUGACACUGGGACCUUUGUACUAGGCGGGGCUGGACCUGCUGUCCACCCCCUCCCGGGGCCGCCUGCCCAGCUGCAGGCCCAGGGUGAGAGCUGGGUGGUGGCUGGGCAGAGGAGGAAGAAACGCUCAGACAGAAGCCACCCCACAGCGGCGGCGUCACCCUGACGUGUGCUCGGCAGCCCCGGCCGGGCUUCCAACGAAUAAAGACCAUGCAGCUUGCCCGGGC